UCGUGACGUUUCCGAGGAUACCACGAACAUAUCAUUUUGUAGCGUGGCGAGGGCGGACCGUGUGACGUUGAGCCGAGGCUCUGGCUGUUUAUUGUUCCUUCCUGAGCACCGAUACAGAAAAAAACAGGCUAACAAGCUAUCAGCUUCUCUUUUCUCUCGGCUCUUGCUCGGUUUUACGAAGGUGUAACGGUUCAGACAACUGACUGCCACAACCAGGGGCAAUGGCGUAUGCGUAUCUCUUCAAAUACAUCAUCAUCGGGGACACGGGUGUGGGAAAGUCAUGUCUAUUACUACAGUUCACAGACAAGCGGUUUCAGCCGGUUCACGACCUCACCAUUGGUGUGGAGUUCGGCGCAAGGAUGAUCACUAUAGAUGGCAAACAGAUCAAAUUGCAAAUCUGGGAUACGGCUGGUCAGGAGUCGUUCCGGUCCAUCACCAGGUCUUACUACAGAGGAGCAGCCGGAGCACUGCUAGUCUAUGACAUCACAAGAAGGGACACCUUCAACCACUUGACGACCUGGCUAGAGGACGCCCGCCAACAUUCCAACUCCAAUAUGGUCAUCAUGCUCAUUGGCAACAAGAGCGAUCUUGAGUCGAGGAGAGAGGUGAAAAAAGAGGAAGGUGAAGCUUUCGCCAGAGAACACGGCCUCGUAUUUAUGGAGACCUCAGCCAAGACUGCCUCUAAUGUAGAGGAGGCUUUCAUCAACACAGCCAAGGAGAUCUAUGAGAAGAUCCAGGAGGGCGUGUUUGAUAUCAACAACGAGGCUAAUGGUAUUAAGAUCGGACCCCAGCAUCCCACCACCAACUCCACACUGCCCAGUAGCCAGGGAGGCCAACAUGCCGGAGGCGGCUGCUGCUGAAGUCCCACAACACACCGCCUCCUCCAGCCCUAGCCCUUCUUCCUCCUCCUCCUCCUCGCCCUCUCCAACCCUCUGUCGCGUUUCUACAGAACUGUCCAGGCCCACUAACAGUUUAACUUCUCUCUCUCUGCCGCUUCAUCCAUCCAUCUGUGCAUCCUGAGUGUCUUAGGCAUCCUUGUAUGAGGACAGAGUCAGCUUCACCUGCAGAUUUACACAUUUAUUAUUACUGUAUUUUGGAUGGAUGCAAACAAUCUUAAGCAUUCGAGUAAAAACACCAACCUAAGGCAGCCAUUUAAUUCAUAAAUUUCCCCUCAAUUCACGUGGAUGUUGGUAUAUUGAAACUGAAACUGACGAAGAGCUGGCGAAGAGCUGCCAUUGGCUGCGGUGAGCUGACCUUGUUAGAACUGAGCAGUCAGGAAAAAGAAAAGAAAAAAAGAAAAAUGGGCACCAUGUUGUGUCUAUAUACACAACCUUACGCAUUUUUAAAAGCAGGACAUGAUGGCAGGACAUGUUUCUGCAGGCUCAGUCAGUUUUCAUGCUGUGCCUGUGAGUAUAGGGACAGCACAAAUAUUCCAGGAUGUUAGUUUGUGGUGUGUGGGAGGCGUUCAAGUUGCUUUGUAUUUGUAUAAAAAAAAAAAGAGAAAAAGAAAGAUGCAAAUCAUGUCAUUUUUGUCCAUGCUUUCCCCUCAUUAUCUUUGUCAUGUUACUUUGUAGUCCUUCAGUCUUUGUGUCCUCUUUGUCAGCUCACACAUGGUGUUUCUUUUUUUUUUUUUUUUUGUAUUUCAUAAACACUAAAAAAAAAAAACUUGUUGAAAAAGUGUUUUAAAACACCCGGGUAGAGAAUAAAAGACCAAACUGUUGAGUGUGAACAUCGAUCCUUUUGGAACAGCAGAAAAGUCGAGCGGGAAAGUUUAAAAAAACGUUAAGGGUAGUCGAGCGAUGGAUGUCAUUAUGAAGUCGAGACAAAAAAGGAAAACAAAUGAAAAAAUAAAUUUACUUUUUUUUUCUGUAUAUGUAUUUAUCGGGCGCAUUUCUGUGUAUAUAUGGCUCUUUAGGUUUCUGUAGCUGUGUCGGCUGUUGCAGAUGAAGCGUAGCAUGUUGUUGUGGUCUAGUUAAAAGCCUUAGCCAGGAUCUUGGAAAGACGCUGCUGAGGGCCUUCAAAACAGCUUUUUACCAUUUCGAACUAUUCUCAUAUAAACCCAAAGGAGCUCGGCCGCCCUGGUGCAUUAGGGCUGGAAGUGCCCUUUCUUUUUAAAUGACAAGUAUGAAUGAUAACAGGCUGUUAACAGGACCGAGCAAAGGUAUUCUGAGUCCCUUGUGGGGGGACUUUGACUCGGUCUGAAAAUGUCAAGAGCAUCUCCCUUAUAAGCGAGCUAAGAUCUCCACCCUGAAUUAGCUGCCAGAUGUGUAACAUGUGCUGUUUAGAGCUUGAUCGAUGACUGCUGCAAUGUUCUUUUUUGGGCUUUUUUUUUUUUUUUUUUUUUUUUUCUUGCUUCGAAAUCAAAAAUGCAACCAGCCCCAUUUUCUGCUUCUACGGCCACUCGUCGUCACUCCAUUCCCCCCCUUUUUACUUUCUCGCACUUUUUUUCUUUCACAGACUGUGCAGUACCUACUUUAAAUGCCAAAAUAUUGUGUUUACCUGUGUUUUAUCAAUAUUAAAGUGGACUGGUGCAAGACAUCUCCUCCACCCCUCCGUAGUCUGACCUGAAAUCAGCUGUCUGCCUUAACGUCGACCUCCCCUCCUCCUUCCCCCCCAAGAGACCUGGACAGCUGCGAAAAUGAGCGACCCUUUAUCUGCAGUUAGGCCUUUCACCACUAACGAGUUAGCUGGCGCUGCGCAUAUACGCACACGUUGGGAGAUUGAUCUAGAACGAGGCCUGGUUUAAUUUAAUUUUAUUUUUUGUGUGUGUGUGUGUGUAUGAAUUAGGGCAUUUGAAACAAAUCUUUCCUUUCUUAUCCCCUCCAAGCGCGUACACAGGCUGCAUACAGUAUAUGUAUGCAUGCGUAGAUGAAGUAUACAUAUUUUCCUGUCUAUCUAACCGAGCUGUGUAGUUUUUUUUGUUUUUUUGGGGGGUUUUUUGUCUUCUCUCUACAAGCUAACCGUGUAACUUUUGGGUUUGACAUCAGUGCGAGUGAGUCCGUUUUCCAUGGCAGUGUGCUCCUCUCAUAUUAGUUUAUUUUUUAAAUUCCUUGGUAUAUUCAAAUGGUUAUUAAUCUUAUUCUGAUGCUGAUUAUCCUUUGUAAACCGACAUGUAGUGUGCGCGCGUGAGUGUACGUGUGAACCCACAGUGGUUACAGGAGGAGGAUCAAGCCAAACCUGAUGUAUCUAUCUACCCACCUACUUAUCUAUCUAUGGAUUGAUCUAUCUUAUGUAUGUGGUCCUCCUUUCUCUCUCUCUCUUUGUCUCUCUCUCUCUCUCUCUCAGUCUUAC